UUUCCAUUUUCCACUUCCGGGAAAGACCGGAAACUGUCUGCUGAAACGAAAAUCCACUGCACUGCACUCACUGCACUGCAGAAGAAGGGAGGGACUGCAGAUAUGGCGGUUUGGACAAGGCAGAUUCGACUCUUGAUAUGGAAAAACUUCAUCUUGCAGAUCAGAAGGCCUAUUGGAACAGCAGUGGAGAUCAUUGUUCCUGUUGCUCUCUCAGCUAUUCUUAUUGUUGCAAAAAUUGGCCUUAAGGAUGCUACAUCUGAAAAAUGCUUUAGUACAUUUGAUUCAAAAGAUGUAUCACAAAUUUCACACAUGUACUACCAAAGCCGGUACUUAUACUAUCCUGACCUUGGUUGGGCUCAAAAAAUUGUCAAUGCAUCGGGAAGAUAUAGAAAGUUUUUCUUUAAUCGUGAUAGACAAGGGAAUAAAUUGACUUCAGAAGAGGCUGUUGCAAGGUUGGUUGCUGAGUCCAAGCAAUAUUAUGAUGGAGCAAUUAUCUUUAAAGAUGUUACAUCAGAUAGUAUUCCAAAGCGUGUAUCAUACAAGAUUCGACGGCUUCCUUCAGACUAUUCUGGAACAAAUAGGAUUUAUCGUCAGUUCCAGUCUCCAGGGCCAAACAGCUAUUCCGAUUAUGAGUGGCAAUUUUUGCCAAUGCAAUGGCUGCUUGAUUCAAUAAUCAUAAAACUGCAAACCAACCAGACUCAGUUUACAUCGCUUGACAGGUUAACGCAAUUUCCUUACCCGUCGUACAAAGAUGAUCCAUUCAUCGCAACCGUACAAGCACUGAUGCCCAUAUUGUUUGUGGUUGCCUUCAUCUACACCGCUGUUUGCAUGAUCAGGGAAAUUGUAAGAGAAAAGAAAGAGCGACUUAAAGAAGCGAUGAAAAUGAUGGGACUUUCUAACUGGGUCCACUGGGUGUCGUGGUUCGUUAAAAAUUUCGCUUUUUUGACGAUAUCUUGUGCCUUGAUAACAAUUGUCCUGAAGGCAUCGAAAGUGUUCGAGUACACGGAUGGUUUUUUGCUCUUCGUUUUCUUUCUGGCCUACUCAUUUUCAAUAAUUUUCUUCUGCUUCGCUAUCAGUGUUUUCUGUUGCAAUGUCAUCUGUGGAAUGCUGGUCGGUGCGCUGUUUUGGAUCGCUACCUAUGUACCCUAUGCAGUUAUUGCUAGUGGAACAAACAUAUACGACACCAUGAGCGUGAGCCAAAAAGCAGCUGCUUGUCUACUCCCAAACACGUGCCUCGGAAUCGGUAUUCAAGUCAUGACAAAUCUCGAGGCUGCACAGAUCGGAUCGCAGUGGGAUAACAUUGCCAUGUCAUCAUCUGUUGAUGAAAACUUCAACCUUCUGAUGGUUAUCAUCAUGUUCUUCGCUCAGUCGUUGAUUUGGUGGAUUAUAACAUGGUACGUCGAGGCUGUUUUUCCUGGUGAAUUCGGUGUCCCAAAGCCGUUUUACUUCUUUCUCACUCCCAACUACUGGUGCAAAACUGGCAUGUGCAAACAAGAUACUGGCUGUCUCGAUGAGAAUUUGGAGAUGAUGGUAAAGGAAACCAAUCCAGAUGUUGAAAAAGAAUCGAAAGAUUGUAAAGUAGGAAUUGACAUAAGAAACUUGACUAAGGUUUUCAAGGGAGCGACUGGGAAGAAAGUGGCGGUAAAUGGCUUGAAGUUGAGAAUUUAUAAAGGACAGAUCACCGCCUUACUUGGUCACAAUGGCGCAGGGAAAACGACAACUAUGUCGAUCCUUACUGGUCUGUUUACGCCAACAAGUGGAGGUGCAAUGAUUGCAGGGAAGGAUAUCAACACACAAAUGGAUGAAAUAAGAGAAAGCCUUGGUUUAUGCCCCCAGCAUAAUGUUUUAUUUGAUCGACUGACCGUACAAGAACAUCUAGAGUUCUUCAUUGCUUUGAAGGGUACGCCAUCAAAGACUGCAAAAUUGAAAAUUGAUGAAAUGCUCAAUGAUAUAAAGUUAGCAGACAAGAAAAAUGCCCGUUCGAUGACUUUGUCUGGAGGAAUGAAGAGAAAAUUAUGCUGUGCUAUUGCUUUGAUUGGCGAUCCAGAUGUUGUUUUCCUUGAUGAGCCUACAAGUGGUAUGGAUGCAUAUGCACGCAGAGCCACGUGGGAUCUUCUUGAGAAGUAUGCAAGCAACAAGACCAUUGUACUCACGACGCAUUUCAUGGACGAGGCUGACUACCUUGGAGACAGAAUUGCUAUAAUGGCGGACGGAGAGCUGCGUUGUUGUGGUAGUUCACUUUACUUAAAGAAAAAAUAUGGCGUUGGAUACCACUUGACGUUGGUGAAGAAUAGUGAUUUUAAUGAAAUAGACACUGAUAAAAUAAUUGUAGACGCUGUUCCUACAGCAAAAAUGGCAAGUAAUGGCCAAUCAGAAAUCAGCUAUCUCUUAGAACACGAGCAUUCGAAGAAAUUCAGAGAUUUGUUUGAAAAACUCGAGGGGAAAAAGGAAGAACUUGGUUUGCGAAGUUUCGGAAUUUCUGUCACAACAAUGGAGGAAGUGUUCUUAAAAGUUGGAGAAGGAAGUGAUAAGGCUUUUCCAGAUGGUGUUGUUCCAAGAUCAGCUGAGACCACUAUGAAAGGGAUUUGCAGUGAUCAAGAGAAACUGACAGGGAUUGCACUCAGCCUUGCACAGUUCCGUGCCAUGGUUACAAAAAGAUUCUUGAAUUCAAAGCGAGAAAAGAAAGCAUUUGUAACCCAGCUGUUGUUACCUCUUGUUAUGAUUAUCGGUGGUUUGUCUCUAAAUCUAGUGACGUCAUCGACAGCAGACCAACCACCUCUUGUUCUCGAUUUGUCCAUGCUGAGUGAUCCAGGACAGACUACGCAUGCCUAUAUCGCCAAUUAUAAGGAAUGGAACCAAUCAGAUACUUGGCAAACCUGGCAAAAUAUCAUCGGAAAUUACUUCAGAAGUGUGAGAGUGUCACAGCAAGAUAUCACCAACGACUCCUUAAAAAUACGAACAUUGAAUACAAAUAACAGUGUCACUUACAAAGGGAAAACAUACCAGCUAGAGGACACAGACAAAACAGCCUGCUGCAAAUAUGGAGACCUUGUGCUCAAUGCAAAGUGUAAAAAAGCUGUUGAUUCCAAAGAGAGUUACGAAUCACUGUGUGGCAAGAAUGAUAAAGGUUUUGGCUACUCGUCGUGCAAAGAUUGUAUCAAUGGAAUCCAAUCCCCUUACUCGUGCCCAGUUUCUGUUAUUAGCACAGACUUAGCAAAUCCAACCACAUUCUACACUGAAUAUGUUUUGGAAAAGAGCAACUCGAAGAGAUUUUUUAGGAAGUAUGUUGCUGGGAUAACUUUCGAGAAUAAAACCUGGAAAAGACAAUCUAACAGAGAUUUCGAAAUGAAUGUGUGGUAUAGUAACCAGGCUCUGCAUACGCUGCCAUCAGUUUUCAAUGCCGCCAGUAAUAUCGUUCUAAGAUACCUCAAGGGUGAUGAGAGCUACGGCAUUGAAGUAACCAAUCAUCCUUUGCCACUGAGUAAUAAAGAAAAGCAAAGAGAAAGCGCUUUCUCAGGGGGAAACAUCAUCUUGACAAUAUUUGUAACCUUGGCGGCUACUUUUGUUGCUGCUAGCUUCAUCGUUUUCAUUGUCUCCGAGAAAAAAUCAAAGGCAAAGCACAUUCAGUUUGUAAGCGGUGUCAAUGGGUGCAUCUACUGGGUGUCUUGUUUCUGCUGGGACUUCAUUAAUUAUUUGCUGCCAGCUGUCGCAAUGGCCAUCUGCUUUGCCGCUUUUCAGAAUACUUUCGUCAAAGGCAAUGACCUUUAUGCCCUCUGCUUAAUUAUAUUCAUGCACGGCCUUGCCGCUCUCCCGUUUACAUACUUGGUGUCUUUUAUCUUCAAAAGUCCCUUCGUUGCAUAUGCGGUUAUGUCCAUUAUCGGCUUUGGAAUCUGUGUGGCCAUGACUUUUGCCGUCUUCAUCUGUCGUUUUGAAGGCAGUUCCUGCUCAAGUGCUGCUCCAGUAAUGCAUAAAUUGUUUCUGCUAAUACCGAUGUAUGGUCUUUCAAGCAGUGUCCUUGACAUCAGCAAUAAUGCAAACAACAGGGAGCUCUGCUCAAAAAGCAUGGCUGCGUGUAAGAGGCAAGGGACCAUGUGGCAGAGCAGUUCCUUCUCGACUGAGUAUCCAGGUGUUGGCUGGACGUACCUGUACUUCUUUUUCGAAUGUUUCCUCUACUUGGCCUUGGUUAUAUUAAUCGAGGAAAACUUCUUUGUAAAACGUCGACCAAAGGCUCCUCCUCCGCGUUUAAUGAAUCAGUAUGAGGAUGUAGAUGUUACGCAGGAGAAAGCACGUGUUGCCGACCUUGCACCAAAUGGUAUCAAUGAAUCUGCAGUUGUCAUUAGGGACCUUACCAAGAUUUAUAAAAGUAACAACGUCAGAGCUGUUGAUUCUGUUUCAGUGGGAAUUCCUUAUGGGCAAUGUUUUGGCUUGCUAGGAGUCAAUGGCGCUGGGAAAACAACGACGUUCUCGAUGCUUACUGGAGAGACUAAUAUCACUGGAGGAACGGCUUUUUUGAAUGGUCUUGAUAUUCAGGCCCACCUACGCAAGGUCCAACAAAGGAUCGGAUAUUGUCCACAGUUUGAUGCACUUAUUAACCAUCUGACUGGCCGAGAGAUGCUCGAAAUGUUUGCUCGUCUUCGAGGAAUACCAUCAUACAAAAUUCCAGAUGUUGUUAAUGCUGUCAUACAUGAUCUUAAUUUGGAAAACUACUCAGACAAAAUGUGUGGAACGUACAGCGGUGGAAAUAAGAGAAAGCUAAGUACGGCCAUUGCACUCGUUGGUGACCCGCCAAUAAUUUUCUUGGACGAACCAACCAGUGGCAUGGACCCGGUUUCGCGCAGAUUCCUGUGGAAUACGUUAAAGAAUAUUUUAGAUUCUUCACGAUCGAUUAUCUUAACCUCACAUAGCAUGGAAGAAUGUGAAGCAUUGUGUGAUCGACUUGUCAUCAUGGUUAACGGGGAAUUCAGAUGUGUUGGUGGGCUACAGCAUAUUAAAAGCAGGUUCGGACAAGGCUAUACCAUGAUGAUUAAGAUUGGUGAUAAAGAAACAGAAAGGCGACAUAGCUUCAGAAAAACAGGCUCGACGACCAACAGGGCUUACAACGUCAGCGUUUCUUCUAAUGAUGAGGCUGCAAUAAUCAACGAGUUAGAACAGGCCACUGGUAACCUGUCAGCCAAAACUGACAAUCAAACAAACAUUAAUCAGUCGACAGAGCGGUUGAAAUCUUUCAUUGCAAGACAUAUAAAAGAUUCUCAUCUUCUGGAUGAAAGACCGGGAAUGCUGGAGUACCAGAUCCUGAACCCAGACAUUUCAUUGUCGUAUAUGUUUGGAAUACUUGAAGACAAUGCUGCAGAUCUGGGAAUAAUCGACUACAGUCUGAGUCAGACCACACUUGAGCAAGUUUUCAUCAAUUUUGCCAAAUAUCAACGUGAAGAGGCAGCAAAGAAGAAAAAAUUAUGUGCCUGUUGUUGCACAUGAUUAAGAUGUAUUCAUUUUCAAGUUUAGUUUUCAAUUUAUUGGUGAAAUUUAAAAUUUUGAAAUUAGGCCCUUACAACUUAAAUAGGAUGUUGAUUUUGUUCUGAUGUUAUAAAUUUUCUUACAUCUUUAAUUUUUAUUGAGUUUCUAUGUUUAUUUAUGGGCUUUUUGUUAAACACUGUAAAACAAGUGACAUUUUUUUAGUUUUUCCUAUUUAUUUCUAAUUCCUUUUUCCAAUGUCAACAGCGUCUCUGUUUUAAUCCCUUAGUUUUCAAGCAGGUUUCUCUCCGGCCACUCCUCUAUCUCUAGGUUCUUUCUGACAAACCUUUUUUGUUUAUUUAGAUCAUAACUGAUAAAGUUCUUUAAUGGAAGCAUUCAUGUUUGAAUUUGUAGUUCAAAAUGUUUAGAUGCGAUUGUUUGAACAAUGUUUGUGAUGUUAUAUACUUAAAUGUGGAUAGGUUUCAAGUCUAGGAAGGGAGGUUCGCGUAUGGACGCGCGUACUUUCUAGAAAAUCUACUGCAAGAAGACAAUCGUUGAAUCAUGUAAAGAAAAUCAUAUUAUACAUGGGUCAUUCCAAACCAAACCAUCCAACAAAACCGACACAUUUCUGGCCUCUAGUCUUUAGGAAUUGAUACAAUUUUUUACACGUUAUUUCAAUAAAGAUAGCGAAAUUCCCGAAAUUCCUCCAAGAACAAUACGUACGAAAUCCAUGCUUGCAAUAACAAAACGUAAGAAAUUCAUAUUUGCAUUAAUGUUUCUGAAUUUUUUCCCCUGCAAUACCUUUUUAUCUUUACAAAUAAAGGUAAAAACGAGACUAUUUCGCUGGACGAAAACCUACCCCAACAACCCCAACAUGAUCAGAGGUUAGUGGCAUUUUAUAAGGAGGAGGUUGGGGAGCUGCUUACAGUUGCAUUGCCAGUUAUCGCCAUUUUAGCCUUAUGUAUAUCAUAAACAAUAUAUCCGAUAAUGCCUUGAUUGUUCUGAAAUACGUUACACAGACUUACAGAGUUCUAGAUAAUCUGUCUGAUGAAUGCAGAAGCAUGAAAAUCUGAGUAACGACGAAAUAUUUUUCAAUUUUAAUCUAACGAAUCCAUCCUGCAAAAUAAAGUAAAUCAUUUCUUACGCAUUGCAUGUACUAUAUUAAGAGUGAUUUAGACAUAAAUUAUUUAGAUGAUUUUAAUUUUUUUUUUGAAGUAGAUUAUGAAAGAAUAAAACCUAUCAGAGUAUCGAAACUGACAAUUUCUUUACUUCUUUCUGUCUGUUUAGACUUGAAUGUUUAUUAUGGCUUUUUUAUUGGCGAUAGAGAAUAAGUUAUGCAGGCGCGUCCUUUCUCUUAUUGUGUCAAACACUAAUGAGUGAGACGGGUGGGACUCGUUCUCUUACAAUUAGAAUGGAGCUAAAAGGCCCCCUCUUAUAGACCCCCUCUUGUAAACAUUCUCGCCUAAUUAAAACCAAACACACGCUUUGAACAAGAAACCGAGCCCGAGGCCUAGUUCAUGAAGUUCGUUAUUUUUGGACCUCUUUUGAUCGAAUUGCUGUGCUAAAAGUUCCUUAAUAGUUCGUUAGUUUAACUGCACAUUUGGUGCCCUGAAGAUUGCACAUAGUACGUUGAAAUUCUUAAUUAGUGUAGCUAGAUUCUUAACAGUUGCUUAAAACAAAGGUGUUAAACAGAAAGAAGACUAAAAAGAUGUUUGGUACACGAAAAAGUGGAAAUUAAAUCAAGAAGGAAAAUGAAACACUCGAUAGCUACCUGCGUAACACACAAUUUAAGAGAUUAUCAAUUCCAAAUGAAUGGAGUCAGCUUUCUAAUUCUUGAUCGUCGGCGAUGAUAAAAAUGUAGAAUUAAAAAGCGUCUUAGGGAUUUCGUCUUUAGUACUAACGGUUCUUUAAUUUUUUUCUGCUUUCUGCGUGUAGGUUCUUUCUUAAGUGAUUCCUUACAGAAAGAAAGCAUGUACAAAUGGCCUCAAAUAAAAGGAUCCCCUACACGUGAAAUUGAAAAAAACGCCCCACCUUUAGACACUUACUGUAAAAUGUCUCAAUAUCAUUAACACUGCCUACAACAGAGCAGCCCUGUUAUAGAAAAUUACAAAUGCAAAGAGGUGUGCAUACCGUAUUUCCCAUGAAAAUCGCCUAACCUUGAAAAAGCAUUCCCCUUCCCUUCAAAAAACGCCCUUCUCUCAAAAAACCUUGAUUGAUAAAAAGCAUAGAACCUUCGGCUACAUUACUACCAUAUAAUCUACACAAAAUGGAAGGUUUAACGAUUUCAUGAAUUGAAUACGGCUACAGUGAUCAGCUAUCGGCACUUGGAUUUUUAAAUUGGGAGUAGGUUGCAUCAAAAUCCAUCAAGUCAACAUUGGUGGAACUUGAAAAAAUAACGUGUAGUUUUUGAAAUAUUUAAAUCAUUCCGUCAAUCAUGACCUUAAUUCCUAAUUUUAUGUUUUUAAUCCUUCAUCGCUCAGAAAUUCAAGGCCAUGAAGUAUAGUCAAAUAA